UGCCUUCCCUACAGUAUGAAAAAGAAAAUUCAAACGCAAACCUGGAGGCAGCCUGAAAUAUCCAAAUAGAUGAGCUUGUGACAUCCUCUUCCAGAGCCGAGAAAGUCCAAAUACCCCAGCUGUGCCUCCUUGAUUCAGAACUACGCUAGUUUAAGACUUUCAAACUCAGAUUUCAAAGGAAUACUCUGACUGUUCCAGCUGUCUGUUCGAAGUAAUUGGGGCCAGCUGGAUGUCAGGAUGCAAGUGGUUACAAUUAUAAUACUACUUUUCUUUUGUAAAGCAGCUGACUUUAGGAAGACAAGAAAUGGAAGUUCAAGAAACAAAGCAAACAAUGGACAGACAAAUGGCUUAAGGAAAGCAUCUGGCACUGUUAAGCGUUACACACGUGGCCCCCCAUGUGACAUAUACACCUAUCUUCAUGACAAAUACUUAGAUUGCCAAGAAAGAAAACUGACAUUUGUAUUGUCAGAUUGGCCUGAAGAUUUAAAACACAUCCUCCUAGCCAGAAACAGGAUUCGUAAACUGAAGAACAAUGUGUUUUCCAACUACAAAAAACUGAGAAGCCUAGAUUUACAACAGAAUGAGAUAACAAGAAUUGAGGACCAAGCCUUUUUUGGGUUAAAUAAACUAACUACACUUUUACUCCAGCAUAAUCAGCUUAAGACUUUGUCUGAGGAGGUGUUUAUUUACAUGCCUCUUUUAAGUUACUUGCGCCUCUAUGAUAAUCCUUGGCAUUGCAACUGUCAAAUGGAAACUCUUAUAUCAAUGUUGCAGCUUCCAAGAAACAGGAACUUGGGAAAUUAUGCUAAAUGUGCACAUCCAACAGAACUGAAAGAUCAAAAGCUCAAGCAAACUAAAGUUGAACAGCUGUGCAAUGAGGUGGAAAGACUAGAUCGUCAAAGACCAAAACCUGAAGUCAGCAGACCUGAAUUUGAUUCUUCUCUUUGUCACAUUUAUGUGUUUCCUGUGCAAACACUGGAUUGCAGAAAGAAAGAUUUAAAUAAAGUCCCUGGAAACUUACCUCCAGAUAUAGUUAAGCUCGAUCUUGCUAACAAUAAAAUCAAGCACCUACGACCCAAGGAGUUUGAGGACAUUAAUGAACUGAAGGUAUUAAACCUCAGUAGUAAUGGAAUAGUUCACAUAGACCCAGCUGCUUUUGCAGGACUAAUCAACUUGGAAGAACUAGAUUUAUCAAACAACUCCCUGGAAAACUUUGAAUACGGAGUACUGGAACACUUGUACUUUUUGAAAAUACUGUGGCUUACAGAAAACCCUUGGAGAUGUGACUACAACAUUCAUUAUCUUUUCUACUGGUUGAAGCACCACUAUAGUGUUCACUAUAAUGGCUUAGAAUGCAGAAAACCUGAGGAAUACAAAGGCUGGCUUGUUGGAAAAUAUGUCAGGAGCUAUUAUGAAGAGUGUCCCAAAGACAAGCUCUCUGUUUUCCCAGGAACAUUUGAACAAGACACAGAAGAUGAACAACUGGAAAGGCACAAAGAAUACUCAGUUCAAACUACAAAGAAACAUGGAGUAAUUGUCACUGUAAUAAGUUAAGUUGUUAACAGCUACAUUGAAACUUUUGGUAUUUUUGUA